AUGAUAAUCUGUGUUAUCACCUUGGCAGAAGCCCAUCCUCUUCUUCAAAAUGGAAAAACAAUUACAAGCAUUAAUUACCAAAUAAGCGCCAACUGCAGCAGACUCCAGAAUAAGGUCUCUGGGAAGUCAAAAAGGGGAGCUCAAUUUUUAACAGAACUUGCUCCCCUGUGCAGGAUCUCUUCAUCAGAUGGAGAAGAAUACACCAUUUACAGUUGUAUACGAGGACGACUGAUAGAAGUGAAUGAAAACAUUCUUAGCAAUCCAGCUAUUCUGCAAGAAAAGCCAUCAACCGAGGGAUACAUUGCAGUGGUUCUACCCAAAUUUGAAGAAAGCAAGAGUGUAACUCAAGGACUUCUAACAAAGAAGGAGUAUGAGGAAGUUUUGUUGAAACGUCUUAAUUCUUCUGAAUGA